AAAAAAGAGGCUAUUUUCACUAAUUUCCCAUAAUAACCCUGUCCUUCGUCACGGGUCACGACUUUCUGUUUAUGGAUGAAACGCAGAAGGCUCCUUUCGUGAAUUUAAUCUGAAGUAGGGACAUUGCUGUCCGAUCAAAAGAUAUAUAAGAAUUCCUCGAUCCUUGCUUGCCAUUAGGAGGGAAAACAGAAACAGAGAAACUGCAAGAACUGAGAUUUCGCAAUUUUCGCUGUUUCUCCUUAGUUUUCUCCAUUAACCCGUAAAAGAAAAGAAAAAAAAGCUUAGCUUCUCUGUGUUUGUUUCCUUCGAGAAUUCUUGGAAGAAAAUGGCUACUCUCAGUGUGCCAGAUAUUGUUCCUUCUCCAACCCAAGACUGCGAGGGACUCAGAAAUGCUGUUCGAGGAUAGGAGCUUAAAAGGAUUACGGACAGAUGGGAAGGCGAUUAUACAUAUAUUAGGACGCAGAAAUGCAAGUCAAAGGAGGAAAAUCAGAGACACCUAUCAGCAGCUUUACAAUGAAUCUCUAAUUGAUUGUCUCCAUUCUGAGCUGUCUGGUGACUAUAGAAAAGCAGUAAUUCUGUGGACCUAUGAUCCUCCGGAAAGGGAUGCAAAAUUGGCAAAUGAAGCAUUGAAAGCAAAGAAGAAAGGCACAAAAGAAUUGCAAGUGAUAGUUGAGAUAGCUUGUGCAAAUACUCCUCACCAUCUACAGGCAGUAAGGCAGGCCUACUGUUCUCUUUUUGAUUGCUCCCUUGAAGAAGACAUUGCAUCUAAAGUCUCUUUGCCCCUUAGAAAACUCUUGGUGCGCUUGGUAAGCUCUUACAGGUACGACCAAGAACUGGUGGAUAUGAAUAUAUCCAUCUCAGAGGCAGCUAAAUUGCAUGAAGCCAUCAAAAGAAAGCAACUAGAUCAUGAUGAUAUAGUGUAUGUUCUCAGUACUAGGAAUUUGUAUCAGCUUAGAGCCACAUUCAAGUGCUAUCAGCAAAACUUUGGAAAUCCCAUUGAUCAGGACAUAAAGAGGUGUGGAAAUGGUGAAUUGGAAUCUCUGUUAAGAGUAGUAAUUUGGUGCAUACAAUUUCCAGAAAAACACUUUGCUGAGGUCAUUCGAACUUCCAUCAUUGGGCUUGGGACAGAUGAAGAUUCACUGACUAGAGCGAUUGUGACUCGAGCUGAAAUUGACACAAUGAAAAUCAGGGGGGAGUAUUUCAACAUCUACAAAACUAAUCUUGAUGGUGAUGUUACUGGCGACACUUCAGGGGAUUACAGGGAUUUCUUGAUGACCUUGCUUGGUGCUAGAAUCUGAUAUUUUAUUUUCAAUACAUAUCUGUAAUAAAAGUUGUAAACUGGUUGGAUCAGAACUGAAACUCUACUGUUCAGUUGUGAUUCUAAUUUGAUGGUCUGUACGUAAACCUCAUCAACCCCUUUGUUUGCUCUAUAUGAAAGAUGAUGUUUUCUUUA